AUAUCUACUAUUGAAAUAUCGGUCCGAAUGGGAAUCGCAGGCAAAAGUACAAAACCUAAUGAUUUCAUUGAAAGACUUGGAUGUUAUGAGUGAACUCCAGAGAUCUAAUGGGAAUGUAAAUAAUCCGCCGAAAAAAUUUGUGUGCAUUUUAGACGAUAAUUGUCUCAUAAGUGUUAAGACAAGAACUGAAUGUCAAAAGUGUAGAAUUGAAAAAUGCUUUACAAUGGGAAUGAAAAAGUCAGAUAAUUCUCAAUCAAAUAGUAUUAGUAAUAGUAUUACGAGUAGUAGUGGUUUGACAUCACUUUCCGAUGAAAGUCAAGAGGAUAUUUGGGAACUGAUCGAUGAUAUCAUUGAUUGUAAUACCGAUAGCAGUGAUGAUGUCUUCGCACAUGAAUUGAUAGAAAUCAACAAAACAGACACAGAAUUAGUCCCGAUAUCCAAACCGCUCACCGAUUAUAACGGCUUAAAACAACUUGAGUUUCACCGGAUAUCGGAAGUAAUCAAUGCGUCCACUGCUUUCAUGAGUCCGUUGCCUAAAAAUAUAUACCAAAUCGAGAAUCUGCCAAAAUUUGCCAAUAGAUUAAUACAAAUGGCUGAAAAUGAUAUACAAAACGUUAUAAACUUUACCACAAGUAUCACUGGUUUUGGGAAUAUGUGUCCCGAAGACCGGUACUCCCGACUGUUAUCAGCAAUAGUCUUAUUCAACCCCAAUCGACCAAACCUUAUCCAUAGGGAUAUAAUUAGACUCGAACAACAACUGUAUAUAUAUUUAUUGGAAAGAUAUCUACUAUUGAAAUACGGAUCCGAAUGGGAAUCACAACCAAAAGUGCAAAAACUAAUGAAUUCAAUGAAAGACUUGGAAAUAAUGACUGAAAUUCAGAGAACACCUGAAGCCAUAGAUCCCAUGAAAAAAGCGGUUGAUUUAUACGGACCUCUUUGUAUCGAUUUAUAUGAUUUGAAACUCUAGUAAACUA